AAGCGCAUUUGGUUCCUCAUUCUUCAUCCUUUCUCCUUCUCCUAGACUAUAGACUUUUCUCUUUUUCCCCCGUCCUCAAGCCCCUCUUCUUUCAUCGCGAUGUCGAAUUCAUCUCAAUCUGAGAUCGGUGGCACUGCUCCAGAUAGUGCCACUCGACCUAGUGUCAGCGCAAUUGCUCGUCGUAUUCAUGGCUGGUCCUGGCAGGCGUUCCCCGUUGGAAUGGGCACGGGCGCAGUCUAUGUCACCCUCUCGGGUCUGAAGAGUCAUUCCAAUGCCCUGACGACAGUCGAGACGGGAUUCUACUUCAUAAAUAUGACUCUUUUUGUUCUCAACUCAGUCACUCUUUUACUACAAGCUAUCCUGUAUCCACGCCAAGCAUGGCGACUAGUACAGGAUCCAGUCAAAGGCGUCUUUGUCCCGUUGAUUGUACUCUCCUUUGCCACUAUUAUUAUCGGAACCAUCAAUUAUGCUGUUCCCUCGGGGCAUGUGGGUCCCGAAUUCAUAUACGCGCUGUUCUGGGUUUAUAUCGUCUUUGCUCUGAUAACUUGCUUCCCGAUGAUCGUCAUCUGGUUCAACAAACCCCACGAUCUGACGCAUUUCACUCCUGCAUAUGCCUUCUUGAUCUUUCCUAUGAUGCUAGUUGGCGUUGUCUCGUUCAAUGUUUUGAGGGUAAUGGAUGCGUCCGACCCAAGAGCUCUGGGUGUACUUCUUAUUGGGUAUUUCUUCCAAGGCCUCGGGUUUUUCAUGACGUUCUUCUAUCUCUGCAUCUAUGUUAUUCGAGUCAUGACUACUGGCUUUUUGGAAGGGCACCAAGCUAACGGAGCGUUCGUCGCCUGUGGUCCUCCUGGAUUCACUGCACUUGCUUUGAUCAACCUGGCAGAUCACGCUAGAGAAAUCCUCCCUGUGCAUGGACACGUUUCUGAGAACGUGGGUGAAAUCUGGUAUGCUGGAAGCAUCCUUGCCGGCCUGUUGCUCUACGGACUUGCCGUCUUUUUCUUCGUUUUCGGCAUUCUGCCAUACUGGUUCAAGCUUCACAAGCAUCUCAACGAGAUCCUGGGAUGUUGGGCUCUGACAUUCCCUAACGUUGGCUGGAUUGCGACAACCCGUCUCUUGGGAGAUAUUUUCAAUAUCGAGGGUCUCUUCAUCGUCCACAUGUUCAUGGCCAUUCUUAUGGUCUUCACUUGGCUUGCCCUCUUCAUUCUCACGGCCCUUGCGUUUUGGAGAGGUCUCAUCUUCAGAUCGCAGGAGGAAGACGUCCUCAAGGAUACUCUUCCUGCUUAUGAGGAACAUCAAGAGAGGGGCAUCCCUACUGUGGUCGACGAGGAGAAGGGUAUCGCCACGCCUAGUACGAUAUCGGAACCCGAGCCUGAGCACUUGCAUUGAAGGUUCCCAUUUGA